CAUUCCACCUGAACAGUGAUCCUGUGACAUUGACACUCUUCUUCUUCUUCUUCUUCUUCUUCUUCCUUCAGCUCACUCUCACUCUCUUCCUCAAUCAAACCCUAUGGCUUCUCCAACAAAGAGCCCAUCUUCAGACCUAGAGCGCCACCUCUCCGGCUCCGCCAUCGUCGUCCAGCCCACCUCCCCGCGCUUCCCUCCCUCCUCCGCCCAGCGCCGCAUCGGCAUCGCCGUCGACCUCAGCGACGAGAGCGCCUUCGCCGUCCAGUGGGCCGUCCAGAACUACCUCCGCCCCGGCGACGCCGUCGUCCUCCUCCACGUCCGCCCCACCUCCGUCCUCUACGGCGCCGACUGGGGCGGCGCCACCGCCGCCGUCUCCGUCCCCGACGACGAGGCCUCCCAGCAGAAACUGGAGUCCGACUUCGACAACUUCACCGUCACCAAAGCCAACGACCUCGCCAAGCCUCUCGAGGAGGCUAAGAUCCCGUACAAGAUCCGCAUAGUCAAGGACCAUGAUCUGAAGGAGCGGCUCUGCUUGGAGGUCGAGCGGCUCGGCUUGAUCGCCGUCAUCAUCGGCAGCCGCGGCUUCGGCGCCACGCGGCGGAGCUCUAGUGCUAGACUCGGCAGUGUUAGUGACUACUGUGUGCACCACUGUGUCUGUCCCGUCAUCGUCGUUAGAUUCUCCGACGACGACGCCGCGAAGCCGAGGACGUCUGGUGUUCGUUCAUGAGGAGGAGCCGAAGUUCCAUGACCGCUUCCGAUAAAGAUACUGAUAAGGUGCGUUGAAAAGAUAGAGAUGGUGAAGCGCCUUCAGAUGUUUAUCAAGUACUCUCCUAGUUUGUGUGUAAUCAUGUUGUCAUGUUGUAUGGAAAAGUUUGGCAGUAACUGAGUCUACUGAUCUUGUUUAAACCGCUUUUUCACGGCGUUGCCAUAUGUUUAUGACGCUCGGGGAUGUUGAUGAAUAAUGGAUUGAAGUUGAAAUCAUCUUGUUCCUUUUCACAUUUCUAAAUUUAUGAAAUGCAUAUAAAUUAGAUGGUUAUGGUCUUAUGGACUUACGAUAAUGAUUGGAAAGUUGAAGA